AUGAUAAAUUUGAAAAAGAAAAAAGGUUUGAAUCCAUUUAUUGAUAGGAUUUUAACUAAUCCUUUAAGUUUCAUUCAAAGUAGUAAGAUCGAACCAGUUAAUGAACUAGAAUCAAAGAACUUGAUAGUAUUAUCUAAGAAACAAAAGAUCAACACCACCAAAGCCGUACCGGUUAAAGUUAAGAAAGAAGAAAAGAAAAGGCCAAAAUCUAUGGCGGAAGCGGUGGCUGCGUAUACUGGAAGAAAGUAUGGAGUUGAAGAUAAGAAAAGAAAAAGAGUUGAAUUAAGUGAUAGUGAAGAUGAAGGAGAAGAAAUUGAUGAUCCAUCAUCAGUUGAACAAAGUGUUGAUGAAAAUGAACAACUACAAAGUGAUGACGUAAAUGACCUCGAAAAGGACAACGAUGAUGAUGAUGACGAUGAUGACAAAAGUAAUGAAGAAUUUGAAUCUGCCACUGAAUACCAAUCUUCUUCUGAUUCUGAUUAUAGAUCAGAUUCUAAGGAUAAGUCUGAAAGUGAAUCAGUUUUAUCUGAAGAACCUGAAGAUUUACAAAAAUUGAAAGAAGAUUUGAGAAAAGAUGAAGCUGAACCAUCACCUUUGAAAUCAGAGAUUCAUCCUGAAGAAGAAGAAGAUAAACAAGAAGAAAUAGAUAUUGAUAACUAUUAUCAAAUAAAUGAAUUACCUUUGGAUAGAGGAUCAAAUGGAAGUAAAAGAAUCAACAAAUCAUGGAGAAAGAAAAACUUACCUAAGAAACCUAUUGGAUUAUUAAAUCAAGGGGUUACAUGUUAUAUGAAUACCGCUAUACAAUCCAUGAUCCAUAUACCCGCUAUAACCAAUUAUCUUGAAGAUAUCACUAAUGGGAAGUAUGAUGAUAUAUUAGCUCCUAGAUCAGUUUCCCACGUAAUGGCUGAUUUAAGUGGUAGAUUGUGGAAUGAGCGUAAGAAAUAUAUUCACCCUAAAAAAAUAAUUGGUAGGUUGGAAGAUAUCAAUUGUAUGAUGUCUGAAUGGCAACAAGAAGAUAGUCAUGAAUAUUUCAUGAGUUUAAUGUCAAGAUUACAAGAAGAUUCAACACCAAAGGGAGUCAAAUUAAAUCAAUCCAUCAUUUAUGAUAUUUUUGGUGGUUUAUUGAAUCAAAUUGUUAUUUGUGAGAGUUGUAAACAUAAAUCAAUAACAAAGCAAGAAUUCUAUGAUUUAUCAUUAGGAUUCAGAAAGAAGAAAUCAAAAUAUAAUAUCGAGAAAUCCAUUGAAGAUUUCUUCAGUAAAGAAUUGAUAAAAAUUGAUAAAGAUAAAUCGGGAUAUUAUUGUGAAAAUUGUAAGCAAAAUUCCAAUGCCAUCAAAUCUAGUACAAUUGAUCAAUCACCAGAGAUCUUAACCAUCCAUUUGAAAAGGUUUAAAUUCAAUGGAUCUCAAUCAUUGAAAGUCAAACAAUCUAUCAAAUAUUCCAACUACCUUAAUUUAUCCCCAUAUUCAACCGAUAACAAGCAUCAAAACAUAUAUAAAUUAAUUUCCACCAUUUGUCACGAAGGGAGAUCUAUUUCUUCAGGCCAUUAUAUUGCACAUUGUUUACAACCCGAUAAUACUUGGGCAACCUAUGAUGACGAAUAUAUUAAUAAGAUAAGUGAAGCACAAGCUUUAAAUGAUCCAUCAGCUUAUGUACUCAUUUAUUCCAAAUUAAAACCUAAAGAUUUAGAAUCUCAGCCUCCAUCAUUAUCAUCUCCUAAAAAGAGUGCUAAACUUUAA